AGCAUGGCUCUGAAUAAUCCCAACCCACUGGGACCAUGGAAGAUCACAGUCUAUGACCAGGAGAACUUCCAAGGGAAGCGUCUGGAGUUUACCUCAGCCUGCCAGAAUGUCAUGGAGUGUGGCGUCGACAACAUCCGCUCCCUGAAGGUGGAGUGUGGAGCCUGGGCAGGAUAUGAGCACUCCAGCUUCUGUGGACAGCAGUUUGUGUUGGAGAGAGGAGAGUAUCCACACUGGGAGUCGUGGAGCGGCAGCAACGCCUACCACAUUGAGAGGAUGAUGUCCUUCCGCCCCGUCUGCUCUGCUAACCACAAGGAGUCCAAGAUGGUGUUGUUCGAGAAGGAGAACUUCAUGGGACGCCAGUGGGAGAUAUGCGACGACUACCCCUCUCUGCAGGCGAUGGGAUGGGGCAACAACGAGAUUGGAUCUAUGCAAGUUCAGAGCGGAUCCUGGGUUUGCUACCAGUUUCCCGGUUACCGUGGUUACCAGUACAUCAUGGAGUGUGAUCGUCAUGGCGGCGAGUACAAACAUUACAGAGAGUGGGGCUCCCAUGCUCAGUCCUUCCAGGUGCAGUCGCUGCGUCGAAUCCAGCAAUGA